CGUGCGAAGGCGUUCAGUGCUUCUGUCGUUUCUACUCUUGGCGGCGUCGGAAGUGCGAAUCCUCUUUGUGUAACUCCGGUAAUCGGGGCCGAGGCUCUUCAUCGGAAAAGGGUUUAUCGGUCAAACACGGAUUUCUAGAUCACGCAUUGUUUAGCAGCUGCGAUAUUGAUUUUCUUUGGAAUUUAAUGGCGUCCAAGCUGCAUCAGUUGCAAGCCCGGGCAUCCCAGGCGACACAAUUUGUGUCUAAGCAUGGAUCUGCUUAUUACAAGCAGCUGUUGGAGGAGAAUAAACAAUAUGUGAAGGACCCCCCCACUGUCGAGACUUGCAAUGAGUUAGCCAAGCAGCUGUUUUACACUCGUCUUGCCAGCAUUCCAGGCCGCACCGAGUCAUUCUGGAAGGAACUUGAUUACGUCAAGAAUAUGUGGAAGAACAGGCAUGAGUUGAAAGUCGAGGAUGCUGGUGUCGCAGCUCUGUUUGGGAUUGAAUGCUUUGCAUGGUUUUGUGCUGGUGAGAUUGUUGGAAGAGGGUUUACAUUUACCGGAUACUAUCCUUAAGAACCAACUCAAUAGCAGGACAGCCCUAAUCACGGAACUUCUCAUCAGGGCUGACAUGAGAUUUCUUUUCUUGCAUAGAUUUUGAAGCUGAGAAAUCAGUUCUACAUUCUUAUGCGGCUGCAACUGGAUUUUUUUGAAUAACUAGGAUUUUCCAAUAUAGCUUCUUGUGGAGUGAUUUCAAACUGAAUAAUAUAUAUAGUCUGAUGACACUGCUACUGCCACAAAUAUCGGUCUUUGGAAAAGUUUCAGUUGGUGGCUUCCUGUUUCUGGUUACCCGUAAAAUCGUUCAAUGUUCCAUACUUUCAUAUUGAA